AAAGCUGCGAUUGACAAGUUCAUUGAGCACUAUGGCGACUUAGCUGAUCAGACCGAAGACAUCGCCGACCGAUACUUCGACCUCGAGAGCAAGCUCCCCAGCGACGUCGACGUAGUCCAAUUUCGCUGCAACCUACCACUUCAACUCGCCCACGCCGUUGUUCUCCAUUCUUCUGCAAAGGACUUUACCCUCACGGACAGCCAAAGCCCGGCAAAGCUCAAGAAGGCGUGCCAGACCUGGAAGAUUGAGCCGUGUGUAUGCAUCUUUCUACUCGACGCAGCUCGUUUUGGUCGACGGUUUUUCCAAUCGCUGCAUAAUCUUUCCCAGCAUUGCAACGAGUGGGCCAAGGCAAUCCAAGCACUCCUAGACUGCGCGCAAGCUCGCCGCAAAGCCUCAACUUCCCUCGGCUGUGGCGUCGCAAAAGACGCGCCGGGCGUCAUAGGCCACGACAUCAGAACAGCAACACAGCGCAUCUCUGGGAUCAACCGCGUCGAUUCCAAACCUACACGCAAGAAGACCGUCGCAGUAUCCAACGUUGAGAACCCCAUCACCCCACACGAUCGAAAGCAGGAGGGCAUCUCUGUAGCCGAAGAAAGUCACAACGGGCGCAAAAACCAAGGGGCGAUCGAGAAUCGACCGAUUGAGACAAGCUCUGCUGCUGGCAAUAUCAAGUCACACGGAAACAGCCCCGAAGACGAGGCCAUCCCCGAAGCCGAAGACCUCGAGCCCGAAAACGAGGCCAAUCACACCGAGUCCCAACGCGAGGACAGCCACAUCGAGCCCGAAAACGAGGACAGCCACAUCGAGUCCGAAGACGAGGACAGCCACAUCGAGUCCGAAGACGAGGACAACCACAUCGAGUCUGAAGACGAGGACAGCCACAUCGAGUCUGAAGACGAGGACAGCCACACCGAGUCCCAACGAGAGGCCGAUCUUGACGGCAAGGACAACACCUCUGAAGGCGAGACCUACGUCGAGGCCAACGACUACAUCCUUGACGACCUUGACGACCAAGGCGCCUCUGUGAGCAACACCGACGCCACCAGAGGACAAGCCGGGACCGAGGGCAAAGACGAAGUCGUUGGAGAGCAGUCCGUGGCCGAGGAACCUGACGCUCAGGCGGGCGGAAGCUUCGACGAACAGAGCUACAAUUCCUUCGAGUAUUUCAGGCACGCCGAGCCCUCCCUCGUCGAGGACCAUGAGCCGGAACCCUUAAACGUCGUACCAGAUAAUACGUAUCUCUACUACGAGCCCGACUUUACCUCAGGUGGUUCCUACGACUCUGAUAAUAUCCCUGAAGCCGACAGCGAUGCCGAUUCGACUGGGCGCCCUUUGUCGCAGAUAAUCGUGAACAGCACCCAUUCGUUCGAAGGAGACUCAGACAUCUUCACGCUUGAACUACCCAUGAUGGAGUCUCCGCCGCCCUCCGAAGCCGGCUUGCCGUCGAACUCUGUCACGAGCAACAUGCUUAAUAUCGGCAUCGUCAGUGAGACGCCCUCUGCUCUCGAUUCGGACAACGUAGACAGUCGGAAGCGAAAAGGUCGCUCAUCAUCCCCAGACCGGCCAUCCAGACGGAUACGACACUCCACAGACGGCAGUCCACUGCAAGAUUACUACAAGACGCUGGCACCCGCCACAUGUUUGACUGGCUGCGUGAUUUCGGCAGCGCUGAACGGUUUUUCCAGCCUUCUACACAAUUCAACGUUUGUCGCAGAUAGCCCAGCUUCCAACAUGCAGGAGCCGACAGACCGAGCACAGCACAGGAUUGUCUCUGUUCUGACUCUGCCUCAGAACAAAGAGACUACAAUCGUCAUGCCAGUGGCCAAGAAAGGGCACUGGAAUGUGGCAGUGGCAGUCAUCAACAACAGUCGAGGAAGCAUCGACCUGUACGACUCAAUGCCAAGCGAUGCUGCAAGUCGAAACGCCCUAGUCAAUGAAGCAAAGGAAAGGCUCCAGAAGCUGAUUACAGCAGCUGGCUCCAGGGACCCGGCACUCAAACAGCGGUUGCAGGAAUUGGACUGGACCAGCCGCCAACGCCACAGUACCAUGCAACAGAAUGGGCAAGACUGCGGCGUCGCCGUUAUCUUGCACUGUCUCCAUACAUUCGCGGGCAUGUCGCCGCCAGUAACAACAGACUGGCUUCUAUGGCGUCGAAUCAUCGCUGUGUUUCUGUUUACCCAUGCUCAAGAGGAAUCCGGUGUCGACGGGGUCAAUCAGCCCGGAAGGCCUCCAAGUGCCACCGUUGUUGACGACAUUCGAGCUGCACACGCAAAAGCUCUGUUCCUGUCGUCAAGGCCCCAAAUAGAUUGCAGCGCUCCUGCAGGUCUUCAUCCUCUGAUGGUAACAUCGGAUUCGCCGUCCUCCACAGGAGGAGCCAUGUACCACACGGACGCCGUUGCGGGAUUCAUCACAAGCCUUCAGAGCUGGGCCUCGGAGCUGUCAAAGCGUACCACUGAAGCCUUGACAAGUAUGAAGGAGGCGCGCCAGCUGACGAUGAUGACGAUCGCCGACAUCAACAACCUCAUCUUCCGCAUACGCACGAAGGGAAAGGAGCACCAGAAUGACGAACAGGAGAAAGCUCGAGUCAAGGCCAAGACAAUCGAGCAGCGACUUCGUCUCACCAGAGAGACGCUCGAAAAGCACGAGAGCUCCGUCGGCGACAUCGAGAUCGCCAGCCUCGCUCGGCAGCGAAUUGCCAUUCUUGAAGACGAAGAAAAAGAGAUUGUGCACCAACAAGCUCGACGGUCGAACGAACGAAAGGCCGUCGAGAGAGGCCUUGACGCCAUAGAGAUGGAACUGAAGGAGUUGAAGAAAGAACUGGAGAAAGCUGGCUGA